AUGGAUGUCACCAAGCGCUCCCACUUCUCCCAUCUCAGCGGGUCCCAGGCCGCGAGCUCCCUGGUUGGAGCGCUUGUGGAAGAGAACGGAACUGCCAGAACGGUUGCCAAACUUAACUCCCUAGUCUUUGCUACCGGUUCCCUGGGGACCACGAGGUCCCUCAGUUCCCCGAGGGUGGAUUCUGGAGACAUGCCUGGAUUGAGGGACCGCAAGGUCUUCAACCCCUACACCGAGUUCCCGGAGUUCAGCCGUCGUCUCCUAAAGAAUCUGGAGAGCAUGUUCAAAAUGUAUGAUGCUGGAAGGGAUGGCUUUAUUGACCUGAUGGAGAUGAAACUCAUGAUGGAGAAACUAGGGGCCCCCCAGACCCACCUGGGCCUGAAGACUAUGAUCAAAGAGGUGGAUGAAGACUUCGAUGGCAAGCUCAACUUCCGGGAGUUCCUGCUCAUUUUUCACAAGGCCGCUGCUGGUGAGCUGCAGGAGGACAGCGGGCUCUUGGCAUUGGCCAAGCUUUCUGAGAUCGAUGUUGCCCUGGAGGGCGUCAAAGGUGCCAAGAACUUCUUCGAAGCCAAGGCCCAGGCCUUGUCAUGCUCUAGUAAAUUUGAAGCUGAGUUAAAAGCUGAGCAAGAUGAGAGGAAACGGCAGGAGGAGGCCAGGAGGAUCCGUCAGGCAGCCUUCCGGGAGCUCAAGGCUACUUUCAGUGCAUAG